UUUAUAGCGUUAACUUUAGAGGGAAUCCUCGGGACCUCUUUUCCCAUGACAAGUACUUUAGAUGUGUUUAUUAGAAUUAGAAAGGCUGUUGUUUUUUAUUGUUGUCACUAAGGCAGCAUUGAUCAUUUUGAGAGAGAGAGAGAGAGAGUGACGUGCUAACUCUCUCCAGCCUCUCUCUCUCUCUCUCUCUAUUAAUAAUCAGCUGUGUUUCGGCACAGCGGGACAACGCGCAACGCCAAAGAAUCUCCGGCGUAGUGAUUUUCACUUCUUCACUUUGACACUUUGUCUUUGACACGAUGCAGAGUUUCACCGGGAUCUCGCACCUCGUCUCGGUUCUUCUGCUGCAGCUGGCGCGCGCACAGAUCUCGCACCCGGUAGGAGAUGGUCACUCAAGAGUGAUGCCGUUCGAUGAGGUGAUGGCAAAGAGCAUGUGUCGGCCCAUGGAGCAGCUGGUGGACGUGGAGCAGGAGUACCCGGGACAAGUGGAGUACAUCUACCUACCUGCUUGUGUCCCGCUCUGCCGCUGCUCCGGUUGCUGUGGGGACGAGAACCUGGAGUGCCAGGCCUCCCUUAAGAGCAACAUCACUCUGCAGGUGAUGAGGAUUCAUCCCUUGGUUUCCAUGCACCACGUGGAACUCACGUUCGUGGAGCAUCAGCGGUGUGAAUGCAGACUCCGUCCGAGUCAGCUGAAUAGCGACAGCAGCAGCGAGUCUAUCAAGAACAAACUUCGGAGGAGGAACCACAAGAAGGCAGCGAGCGGCUGUGCCAAGUGCCAGAUCUCUCCAAAAAAGAUGAAUCUUCACUGAUUCACACAAGGCGGCGCACAGUCUCACCUGGAGGGACCGUGGCUCGUCUGUGAAUCGAUCGGCUCUCUCUUCAUCUUCUGAAUGUGUAUCAUGUCCUUCGUUCCCUCUCCUCCGUGACGUGCUCCUUUUUGAUCGAUUACCCGUUAUCAAACAACCGUAACUGAAAAGUCCCCUUGUUUCACUUGUAGAAAAGUUUCUUAAAAGCUAGAGGCUUUUGUGUGAGGCAUCAAAGAAAUAUAUAUAAAAAAGACAGAUUAUCAGAUGCCAGGGCAAAGAAUGAAGACUUUAUGCAGAAUUUUUACUAAUAUUUAUCAUGCCUGUGGCAGUGUUAUUUUCCCUAAUUUGGGAAAAUGGCACAUUUCGAAAUGAAUUAAAUAAAAUGCAGUCUGAACACAGGGAGCUUGGUUCUUCUACAUGUGCAUUGGUGGAACAUUGGGAUGUGAGUCAGCACAUUGCUAUGCAAAGGGGUUAAUGUUAUCCAUUCGUUGUCUUGCAGGGACAUGCCAGAUUAACGAGGUGUGGAUGGAUAGUGCGGGCUAAACGUGCUCAUAAGGUGUCUUACGUAACAGGGGGGAUCGGGUUUGCCAGACGGCCUAUAGAACAAUAUACGAGCGCCACCAGGUCAUCGAGUUUCCCUCGCAGCGUGCAACAGGCUUCUUAGCUGCUCUUACUGUUAAGUAGACUCCUACACCACCUCAUGCUGCAACAAUUUUUUUUGAUAACGCAACACUGGAAAACGUGCAGUCAGACUAAAGUGUGCCAGCCUGGAGACGGUCGGCGGUCUACACGCAGACACGAUGUGCCCUGUUUACGUUAGCUGCAGGCCCGUCUUACGUAAUACACCAGUGCGCGACGUCGCGCGUCACUUCCCCCACCGUGCGCUUGAGACGCGCGCGCCGUAGUCCCUGCCGUGCACCACCUGAACGCACAGCGGCACCAGGACCCCUUUCGUUUGCGACACGUUUGGCGGCGGUCACGUUUAUUCUUCUCGAGUGCCGUACCCACGUCGGCCAAUCAGAAGCCUGGAGAUAUUUGUGACGUAGGCGGAACUCCAGGCAAGAACACGCCCUUAUCGCCCAAAUAUGGCCGAGUGUCUGUAACUAACAGCACUAACGGUGGGUGAGUGGGGGUCUGUGGAUGUCUUCUGUCCGUUUGUCCUCCUUCCGUCGUUUUGACGCUCACGGGGGACAAUUCAAACACGCUAACGGCCAACGUCCGCCGCCACCGCGCGCCACACGUGACCGUGCGGGAAAGGUGGGCGGAGCCGCGUGACGCGUGCGGUGUGUACCGUGGAACACGGAGUUCGGCUCCACAAAGCUGCGCGGCCGCAACGGCUAGCACCGAGAGGCGAGGGAAUAACUCAGAACGUCUCGACCAGCCCUCUGGGCCCAGAAGAGAGCCGUCGAGGGACCCGG